AUGGCAACCUCGAUCGCUGCAAAGAGUGCAGACAGAGGGCCUGCCAUUAUGGGAAUCUUAUGGACCGAAUCCGCCAUUUCACUGAUCAUUACGGCUUUACGAUUCUAUGCCCGGGGGAUGAUUCGCAAAAUUGGCUGGGACGAUUGGCUAAUGUUCUUGACAACAGCUUUGUUCGUAUCGUGUACAGGCUUGGUGACUGUCCAGGCCAGCGUGGGCGGUUAUCGCCACGAGCAGUUCUUGUCUACAGAAAACGCUAUCUAUGCCCUCAAAAUAAAUUUCAUCUUGAGAGGUGUCGAUAUCUUAGCUUAUGCUACAGGGAAAGCCUCUAUUGGGGCCCUCAUCCUCCGCAUCAUCGGGCAUCAGAACAGAUGGCAAAGGAUUGUAUGCCGUCCAGUAAGCGCGAACUGGGACCGAUCGGGGUCAUUCAAGUGUUGGCCAGCGAAGGCACAGCUUGAUUUUGCAUAUUUCAUGUCAGCCGAGAACGUCGUCGCCGACGUAAUCCUGGCUAUAAUCCCAGCCACCUUCCUAUCUAGACUGAGAUCCAAUAUACGACGACGAAUUUCGUUAUCUAUUUUACUGGGAUUAGGUUCGAUGGCAUCCGUUUGUGGCAUCGUCAAGAUGACCCAGCUCAAUUCCCUUAGCGGAGUUAGUGACGACUUUACAUGGGGUGAAUAUGGCCUUACUGUGUGGGGAGUCUCAGAAAUUUUCGUCAUCAUCGUGACAGGUUGCAUCCCAACCCUCAAACCGAUCUAUGAUCAAUGUUUUUCCAAAGGCAAAAGCAAAGACAAAAGCUUCCAGUUGUCCGAGACAGGAAAAACAAAUUACAGGACGGUUGCGCUAGAUGGUUACAUCAAUUUACCCGAGGGUAAUAACACCAGUGUCAAAUUGAUGCCCCUCCCAAAAAGUACCACCCCUGCAGGAUCACCAACACCUUUUGCUGGCUAUGUUGACGAGGAUACGCGCCACCCUACUGCUUCGAUAGAUCAACUUCGGCCGACGGCCCCGAGCCCGGUCACUCAUGCAUAUGUAGCGUAA